UAUAAAAUUGUGCUGAGUAAGGAAGAGCAUGGCACUAUUGAUUGUCACCUAAGUUGCAUAAUUUUUAUAGGGUUGCCACCACCCACCAGUACCAAAACCCCACCUCUAUCAAUCACACGCUAUCCUGGACCAUACAAAGCUUUUCUCAGAAAUUUUCGAUCAUCCAUCAUAUCUUUUUAUUCUUCUUGUUACAAAUUAUCAAUUCACAUUCAUAGAUAUAGUAUACAUAGUUAAAUAUAAAAUAUAUUAUAUAUAGAGAGCUUAAAAUUAUUAAGAUAAGGAGACUGAAAGACAUGCUCGCUUCUCAUCAGCUUCCAAGGCAUUUCAUUGCACCUGAUAUUAAAACCAGACAAUCAUCCCUUUCCUCUGAUCAACUCGGUACCCUUUUGCUUAUAAACAACAUCAACCCCAUCCUCUUCCUCUUCUUCAGAUUUCUUUCUCUUCUUCGCGUCCCUCGUUUCAAGGGCUAGACAUACAUCUUCAUCUUCAUCUUUACUUGCAGGGUCGAUCUUAAUCUUUGUGGUUUCAGGUUUUGAGGGUGUUUGGGGAGAUGGGUUUGAGUACCAAGCAAGUUUCUAGUGAUGGGCUCGAUUGGAGCCAGGCCAGCUUGUUGCAAGCUCAGACUUUUCAGCUCCCAAAAUCACCUUCUGCCAUGAGGAGGCAACAACAGCAACAACCUGAGCCUUUGAAGUGCCCAAGGUGUGAAUCUACCAACACAAAGUUCUGCUACUACAACAACUACAACAAGCAACAGCCGAGGCACUUCUGCAGAGCUUGCAAGCGGCAUUGGACCAAAGGCGGCACUCUCCGGAACGUCCCUGUUGGCGGUGGCCGCAAAAACAAGCGCCUCAAGAAAUCAUCAAACAGUACUUCUGCCUCUGCUGCAGCCACAACAACCACCACAAACAGUGCGGCAAUUGAUCAAACAGAUCACCAAGAGCAGAAACUCAUGUCUCAAGUUUUCUAUCAGGCGCUGCCUCAACAGAAUUUGGAUAAUACUAUCAUCUUUUCGUCCUCAUCAUCACCGGGUUUGAGUGCCAGUACUCUGCCUUUCCUUCAUCAGAGUAGAAACUUGAGCUUUCCCUUCUCAAGCUCAAUUAGCACCACUUCAAGUUCCUUUGACACAAACUUGUCUUCCAUCUCAACAUCUUUGCAAUCCUCAAAUGUUUAUAACUACGCCACCGCGGCAGCGGAAGAUCAAUUCAAAGCCAUUGAGGAGCCAACCAUUACAAGCAUCAUGCCCAACAUUUCUCAGCCUAAUUGGAAAGUGCCCACUUCAAGCAACGCCAUGGAUGUGUACUCAAACGACUGGAACUGGGAAGACAUUGAAACCCUUGUUUCUACUGAUCUCAAUCUGCCUUGGGACGGUUCUGAUAUAAAACCAUAAGAGGAAUUAGGUUUCUGUUUGAAUUGGAUGUGUUCAUGAGGCAGGGGAAACAGUCUCCUUCUUCUCUUACUGUCAUUGUCAGUUUGUCACAGUUUCUACUUGACCAGGGAAAUGGGGUCUCCUACAGCAGGGCUGACAGACAGACAGAAGAGAAUGUGAUGGAAGAUUCUUGUGGAUAUAUAUAUGUAAUGUAUAUUUGGAUAUCUGAAUUAGAUUACAUGGAUUUAUUUGCCCAUAUUUUAAGACCACUGGUUCAGAAUCAUGCUUUGCUUCAAGUCCCGACAGAAAA